AUGCUCGCUACGCUACAGAUCGACUGCCGCACCAUCAUGCUCAUGACGGACACGGCAGCGCCGCCUUCGAUCAGGUACUUCGAAUCCCGCCGACCCUCACGAUCGCUGUCGAAUGCUUCCGAUAACCCCAAUUCACGCUACCGCUACGACUACAAUUACGAUUCUGCCUACUCCGCUACCGUGGCCGCCACUGCCCCUGGCGGCUCCUCCUCGCUCAUGAACGGCCUCGUUGGAUCCGCCCAACCGGGCGCGAUGUACGUACGUGCUCUUUACGAUUACGAGGCCGACGACCGGACCAGCUUGAGUUUUCACGAGGGCGAUGUCAUCCAAGUCAUCAACCGCCUCGACAGUGGCUGGUGGGACGGUGUCAUCAACGGCGUCCGCGGCUGGUUUCCCAGCAACUACUGCCAGGUCAUCACGAGUACCGACGAACUUCCCGACAGCAUCCUCCAGGGCGCCGUACCCGAGCACGGCGAUGACGAACUCAUAGAGGAAGGCGAGGCUUACGAGGAGGAGUUUGAAGACGAUGGGUCGGACCAGGACGACCCGCCCUCCUCCAGAGUUGAUGGCGAGGGGGGCAUGAUGACAGACGAGGAGGAUUCAGAGACCCAAUCCGCUUCCGAAGUGGAGGGGGACAGUAUUUUUAGCGGUUCCCGGAGUGCCUUGCUUCGCAACCAAAACUCCUUCCACGAUGGACUCUCGCCCUCCGUGUCGAUGGAUUCGAUCAAUGGCGUCUCGCCAGUGGCCCGCGGUAACCGCACCGAUCCGUUCACGAAUGGCGUGCCCACGGGUCAAACCCCCAUGAUCGCUUCGGCCACUUCCUUCACAACCUCUCCCUACGCCCUUCCGGCCACCACCUCCAUUCCGCGAUCCUUCUUCGACGAUGGCCAGACCCCUGCUCUGACCUGGGUUCGGCUCGUGCAAAACAUGAAGCGGGCCAUUGACCGCUACCGUGAAGCGAUAACUAGCAAUCGCCGUUCCGAGUACGUUGCCCGCGCCGAAGACAUCUCGGACCACCUCCGCCUUCUCCUGGCCGCCGGCUCGGGGACUACUGAUAACCACUCGGGUCAACCCUCCAUCAUCUCCCAAAACAAGGCCUUGUAUCCCCACUUUAGGGAUAUGAUGUCCAAAUUCUCCAAACUCGUCAUCUCCUCCCACAUUGCUGCUGCUGACUGGCCAAAUGCCGAAUCCGUACAAAAGUGCUUGAUGGAGGCCGAGGGCGUCUUCCAGGGUGUCUUCAACUAUGUCGAGCAACACGGGGGCAGCUGGCAGAAUAACGGCCUUGAACCCAGAGACCCGAUCAUGACCAACUUCCUCGACGAUGACGAAGGUGCGUUGGAGCCGCAGGCGAUCCUGGACGCGAAACUACUCGAGAGGCUCGACGAACUCAAGCGCAUGCUCGUGUCAAGCAUCCGCGAGCUUGACAAGCAACUGGCCGUCACCGACAAGAUCAUGACGCCGUACAAGCACGAGCUCGUUGGAAAUAAUGUUUGUGCCGCCGGAGGCAAGGUCCUCGAGAUGUUCAAGCCGUGGAUCGCCAUGAUCGAGUCCAUCGACCUAUCCGUUCUCGGCAACACAUUCCAGACCCCUCAACUUGCCGAUUUCAGCACGAACAAGCAAAGCCUGUACGACAAUGUGUCUGAUCUACUUCUUGGGUGCCAGGCGGUCGCCGGGCCCUUGGCGGACGAGUGGUCGGAAGUGCACGGCGAGGCUCUGGAGAACAGGUUAGAAUACGUGAGGCAGUGCGCCAGGGCGCUCGAGACCAACUCGUCUCAUGUCGGCUUCUCGCUACAACUCCUCUCGGAACAAGUACAAAUCAACCUACAGGCCCAGCAGAGCAACCUGAGACAGCGGGAAGAUCAGCUCGCGCGAGAGCAGCUCUCUAGGGCUCAGACUAUGCCAUACGAGCGAGGCCCCCCAGAGGACCGACUCGCGCGCUAUGCCCGCGCGACAGCCUCUAAUCCAGAGCCAAUCCUUCGCCCCAAGCGGGAUGGCCCUUCCGGGCACCGAGGAAACCCCGCCUUCCUCCGACUCGACUACGAACACGACAUCGCGUGGGAGUUCAAGACGCAGCCUCCCGGCCUUCACCGACACAUUCCUGCUCACGUACCGCUCGUUUACGACGGCGCGCGAUCUUUUGAGCUCUUGGUGAAGCGGUUCAACAUUCAGCCGCCCGAGGGCCUGACGCAGGCGGACUACGAGGUCUGGAAAGACCGCAAGCAGAAGCUCAUCCGCUUCCGCGUCGUCAAGAUCCUCAAGAGCUGGUUCGACAGCUUCUGGAUGGAAGACUACAACGAGGAGUCGCGGGCGCUGAUCCGCGACGUGUACAACUUUGCGCGCGACACGGUCAAGUCGACGGAGACGCCGGGCUCCGCGCCGCUGAUGCAGGUCCUCGACCAGCGACUCAACGGCAAGGAGGUGGGCGUCAAGCGCAUGGUGCAGACGCUCAACCAAAACACCCCGGCGCCCAUUAUGCCGCGCAGCAUGAAGAAGCUCAAGUUCCUCGACAUCGACGUCACCGAAUUCGCGCGCCAGCUCACCAUUAUCGAGUCUCGCUUGUACAGCAAGAUCAAGCCCACCGAGUGCCUCAACAAGACGUGGCAGAAGAAGGUGGCCGACGGCGAGCCCGAGCCGGCGCCCAACGUCAAGGCGCUCAUUUUGCACUCGAACCAGAUGACCAACUGGGUGGCAGAGAUGAUUCUCGCGCAGGUCGAUGUGCGGAAGCGAGUCGUCGUCAUCAAGCACUUUAUCUCCGUUGCUGAUAAAUGCCGUGCGCUCAACAACUUCUCUACCCUCACCUCAAUCAUCUCCGCGCUGGGCACCGCGCCCAUCGCCCGGUUGAAGAGGACAUGGGACCAGGUACCCCAAAGGACGCAGACGGUCCUCGAGUCGAUGCGGAAACUUAUGCUUAGCACGAAGAACUUCGGAGAGUACCGAGAGGCGUUGCAUGCGGCUAAUCCUCCUUGCAUUCCCUUCUUUGGUGUGUACCUUACCGAUCUCACCUUCAUUGAGGACGGAAUACCCUCCAUCAUCAAGAAGACGAACCUCAUCAACUUCUCCAAGAGGGCCAAGACGGCGGAGGUCAUUGGUGAUAUCCAACAGUACCAAAACGUGGGCUACUCGCUACAGCCCGUUACCGAACUCCAGGACUACAUCCUGAGCAAUAUGCAGGCGGCGGGCGACGUGCACGAAAUGUACGACAAGAGUCUGCAAGUUGAGCCGCGUGAGAGGGAGGAUGAGAAGAUUGUCAGAGUGCUUGCUGAGUCUGGCUUCCUCUAA